AUGGUUUACAGGGUGCUUCCAGUUGGUUUGAUUAAUUCAGCCCAGAAAUACUUGACAGCAGAGAAUUUCAAUUUCAGGGUGAAUGCUACCAGUACCAUCUUGAAGAUAAAACAGAUUUGGACUAUAGAGGUUUUGAAGGAAAAUUCCCCUAUGGUCCACAUCAGGAGCUCUCUGAGGAGGUACUUAGCUGGAGAUAAUAAUGGGAAGAUCACUUGUGAUCGGGAGAUUCCCAAUCCUUACAAUAAGUUUGUAAUGAUUAUGCAUCCAGAUGGCAAGGUGUCCUUCCAGUCCGAGGAAACAAAACGAUACUUAGGAGGAGCAGAAGACAAUAUCACUUGCUUUGCUCAGGCAAUCUCAGAAAGUGAAAAAUGGGUACUGCAUCUAGCCAUCCAUCCCAACAUCAGCAUGUUCAACCAAGGCAAGAAGAAAUAUCUGCGCUAUGAUGCUAAUGAAAAUGCAGUACAAUGUGACAGUGAGUUGCCUUGGGGCCGAAACUGUGUUGUGACACUCAUGUUUAACUUCAAAGAGAAGAAAUACAGCAUAAGGACAAGUAGUGGAGAUCUUAUUGCCUGGAAUGGGAAACUUGAGCCCUGUCAGUCAUCAAAAACUCUGUACACUCCGGAGAUAAGGUGUGGAAUGAUUUGCUUAAAAGACAGUGAAGGAAGGUUCCUGACUGGAAGGGACAACUAUAUUAGAACCAUCAAAACUGACAGUCCCAGCCUGGAUGAACUUUUCUCUCCUGAACCCAGCCCUGGACAGGUCAGCAUCCGAUCAACACUAAAUGGCAAAUAUGUUAGUCUUAAAUCAGGUGCAGAUGUCUCUGUACAUCAGUCACAAGUAACAGACUCUGAGAUCUUUCAGAUUAUCAUCAAUAACACAAGUAGGAAAGCUUGCUUCCGUGCUAUUUCAAAGGACUACCUUGCAGUGGGCCCUCAAAAUAUAAUUGUGGCGAGUCCAAUCUUGACUGAUGAUUGUUGGUUUAAUAUUGUGUACAAUGGGCCUAAGGUGGUUAUUAAGACAGGAGAUGGAAAACUCCUCACCACAAAGUCCAAUGGUCAGCUUGUGGUAGGAUACUAUACAGCUGAUAAUUCCCAAGAAUUCAUUCUAAAACUCAUCAACCGACCUCUCCUAAUAUUGCAAAGUGAUUAUGGCUUUGUUGCAUUUGGUUCUGGAACACAAAGACUAGAUGGCAAUAGACCCAUGUACGAAGUAAGUAGGAUGACUUCGGAUGAAGAGGGCUACUACCAAUUCAAACUCGUGUCCACAGACAAGUAUUGGGAAAUGGACAAAGAUGGCUUCAUCAGUGGUACUGGAGAGCAACCAAUAAACUUCAUUAUCCAGCUGGUUGGUUCCAAUGUUAUGAUCCUCAAAGCACCAAAUGGCAAAUAUAUGAUAACACAACAGAGCGGAGACUUCAAAGCAACAGGGGAAGAUGUGAAGACUGCCACAAUGUUCCUUUAUUGAUCAACUUUAAAAGAUAUGAUCUUGAAUCAAAACCACUACAU